AUUGCGAUGUUGCGAAAUUACUAUUUCGAUAAAAGUUGUUGAUGUCCCUCCAGGGCCACCACACACAGUCUUCGAUGAUCGUGAUAAAUGACUCAUCACCUCGUCCCCAUAGUGUCAAACAGUACGCAUCCACCACUACCUGCUCUCUCACCCUGGUAUUGGAUCAUUUGCAUGUGCUAAAUUUUUGCACACGUAUGCAAAUGAGCAAUAGUCUGGUGCCUGCCUGUGCGUUACAUUUGCGUUUAUUUUUGUAUGCGAUGUCUGGGAUAAAAACAGAAUCAAUUCGUCGCAGCGCAAGCAUGGUGUUAGUUAUAAAAACACGAUUUUAUUUUAAUUAAAAACGCUGUUAGGCGUUGCACUCACAUUAGUUUUGACCAAGAUACGCAUGUAUGUGUCAUCCCCACUUUUAAGAAGCGAUUAACGCCCUUGUUGCUAAAAGCCUUUUAGAGCUAAGAUCUAUACCAGUUUGCCCUGGCUUUAUUUGUACAGUACUUUGUAAUUUAACAGCAUGAGUUUUGUGCCGGUGCCUAGGGUGGAUUAGGGCCUACAGAACACAUGGUUCGGCCGUUAACAAUGAGAGUGCCCUCUCCGUCAGCCGGCAGUGCUUCCCACGUGUCGCAAUUCAGUUUACUUGCCUAACAGCAACUUAUCAAAGUCAAGUCAGGAAUGAAGGAUCAUUGAGGUCGUAGGUCGUACCAAAGACCUGGGUAAUUGGCCGAACGUGGUCAGUGACCAAAGUCCGAUGCGCAACUCCACGAUAAGCAAUAUCGCUGAUAAUAUGCAUGAUUAUACUCACCUCAAAAGUACGUACCCAGAUAAAUCAGGUUAAACCUGUGUAGCCUGAGGGUUUUAUUAUUUACACGGAUUCAACGAACAGUUGCGUGGUCGACAUCCAUUCCAAAUUCUAUAUUUCCAUUCAAUCAAUUUAUAGUGUUCCUUUUGUGCAUUAUUCAACGAGCCAACACAGGCUGCCGUGCUAUGUACCAAAUCAGCAAACACCCCCGCAAUUUAUACACGAGAUUGCAAACACAAGAGAUAAGCAAAUCGGUCAGAAAGCGUUAUAUUGUGAUCGCCUGUGUGGUAGUUGUGGUUAUCCUGGCGGCUGUAGGCCUCGCCGUGGGCCUUACGCUGGGCCUCGGGGAUAAGGAUGACACAUCUCCACAGACUGGGGUUUACCGAAAGGCAGCCGUGGCUACAGAUCACGGUCCCUGCUCGGAAAUGGCAAGGGACAUUCUUCUAGACGGUGGUUCGGCAGUUGAUUCAGCCGUAACAGCCGCCCUUUGCCUGGGCGUGGCUAGUCCGCAGAGCUCGGGGCUCGGUGGGGGGCUGCUUAUGGUCAUCUACAGUAGAGAUGGCUCAACAGAGACUAUCAUUGCUGUCGAAGAAGCCCCGGCCGCCUCAGAUUUUGAUAUGUUUGUGAAUGACACUGAUCAAGCCAACUACGGAGCAAAAGCCGUAAGUGUACCUGGUGAGUUGGCGGGAUUGUGGGCAGCACAUCAGAAGUACGGAGUACUGCCGUGGAAACGGCUCGUUACACCGGUCAUUGAUAUGGCAGAACACGGCUUUCCGCUCGCAUGGCAUACUGCGUACUGCCUGAAAAUUCUGGAGAAAGACUUCGACCGUUGGCCGAUUCUUAGGCAGCUGUACACGAAGCCUGACGGGUCGUUGAUGGAGGAGGGCGAUAUCAUCACAGCACCCACUGGUCUGGUGCAGACGCUCCGUGCAAUUGCUAACGAGGGCGGGGCAGCCUUUCAUGGUGGAGAGAUGGGUCGGAAACUUGUCCAAGAUAUCAGAGACCAAGGUGGAAUUAUUACUUUUGAAGAUUUGACCAGUUACAACGUCACUUGGGAACACCCCGUCGCUUUUAGCAUGAGGGAAGGGCAGCAUCGUGUAAUGUCCACGCCAGUAACAUCAAGUGGAAACCUUGUGCAGUUUACCGUCCGCGUUAUGGACGAAUGUAACUUGGCUAGCGUGAACCUCGACACAUACGAGGGCAAAUUGAAAAUGUACCACUAUUUCAUAGAGGCUAGCACGUUUGCUAUUGGCCUGCGGCUGCACAUUGGAGAUUACGGCAAAGCGGAAAAUGCAAAGUCUGUUGCUGCCUUGUCGUCUAAAGAGUACGCCCGGACGAUCUGUUCCAAGAUCAACGAAACCCACGUGACGUAUCCCUCUGGUCAGGAUUACGACACUUUCAAUGGCCUCCCCGAUACCUUCCGAGCAGCGCCAGCCCUAGAGCAAGCCGAUGAGGGAGAAGCUUUGGACACAAUAAAUGGAGAUACAAGUCACUUGAGCGUCUAUUCUGAGCACGGAGAUGCUGUGUCGAUGACUACAUCAGUUGGCCAAUAUUUUGGUAGUAGAACCUUUUCCAACCAGACCGGAAUCUUCCUCAAUGGCCACAUGGGUAGCUUUUACUACAACGGCCGGUCACCGCCAUGGGAGGCUAACAGACUGGCUCCGGGGGUCCGGGCAAUGUCUACCAUGAGCCCCUCUAUCAUCGCUGAUGAGGACGGAGUCUAUGGAGUCAUCGGGUCUUCGGGCAGUAUGAGAAUUAUUUCUACGAAUGCAUGGGUGCUGCUGCGUUCUCUCUGGGGUAGCGAGUCGCUGUCGGAUAUGAUCGACUCUCCAAGGGUGUAUCCCUACCGAAGUGCCUCUUUAAACCGUACCUACUACGAAAAGGACUUUCCUGAGGAUCUCGUUGAAGGGCUGAAAGCAAUGGGGCACAACAUGGUUUCCACCUCGUCCUUCCCAGCUGCCCAGGGUAUUCUCCGUGGACCCGGGUCGACUAUCCAGGCGCACUCGGACAGACGUAAACAUGGAUAUCCCGCCGGCUACUAACCAACCGUUCUUCUUGCUCAACAAUUAAUUCAAGAGCGCCCUCAAGGGCUAUCCGACUAAUCAUCGAAUUGUCCGCCUAAAAUGGUUCCCGGACACAAAGUUAUUUACCUUAAUACGCAUACGUGAAACAUAUCACGUGAUUGAGUUAAUAUAUCAUACGAUUUGAAAUGGGUACGGGAAGGAUUACGUCAGCCGUCCGAUCGAUUUGUGAUUUUUCUUCAAGAUUUUGAUUCUGCAAGUAAUCCUGUAGUCGCCGCAGUGAUCAUGUAGUCGGUCACCAAAAUAUAUUGGUAUUGGUUUUUAAAUUAAAGAAGUGAAUUAAAAAAAAAUCGAAAAUGGAUGAAGCCUAUGAGAUUCGUGAACUGAAUUUAGACACAUUACUCAAAUUCAUACGAUUCUGGUUUCUAAAGACAUGACACAAAAUGUCUUGUGUUACCGAACUGAAUUUCAAGAAAGGUCCAUAUUAAGAAAAACUGGAAGCUCCCGUACUGAUGGUGUGACUCUAGAUCGUAUGCAAAACCCUGCAUGAUUGGGUACUUUUACCAGUGCAAUCCAGUCAUGAGUAACUGAGCAAUUACUCAUUUACUCAUGAGUAAAUGAGUAAUUGCUCAUUUUACUCAUUUUUACUCAUGAGUAAAUGAGUAAUUGCUAAUUUUACUCAUCACGCUCAAAAUUCCGAUGCACGUGGAUGGGAAAUGACGUCAUUUGAACGAGACCUAUUGUUAGCGUUGUCUUUUUCUUACAGUUUAACAAUCGGGAAAGCCUCCUGUCAGGCAAAGAAUUAAUUGGAUCAUUGGCCCUGUCGCAUUAUUCUUUGUCAUGUAGUCAAAAAAUGUUACAUUUUCGUUGACGUCCC